GAAAUUCUCAUUAGAAACCUAUAUACUCGUUUACUGCUUAUACAUUAAUUUAGACGAUUAUUUGCUGAAAACAUGAAAGGCUGCGUGAUAUUACUCUUAUUCGGUGUGGCAGCCCAGCUGAAUGCCUCUGUCAUACAGCCGGCCAACGUUUCUGAAGUAGACGGGGAUAGCAUACGCGUCUCUAGGAGUGCGGAGGACGGUGCUGAAAAUGAGGGGAGUGUUGACGGCAAGCGUGAUACGGUGGAGUCAGAGAUAGACUCGGCGAAGAGUCUUCGUCGUAGCGACGAUGGUAGUGUUGACAGCAGGCGUGAUACAGAAGAGUCAGAGAUAGACUCGACCAAGAGUCUUCGUCGUAGCGAUGAUGGUGCGUUCGACAACAAAGUACUCGCAUUUGGCCUGGACACCGGCGUCGUUGACACCAAGAACAGCUUCGUGGAGUCCCUCUCGAACGCCUUCAGCGGCCUGGUGCAGCCCCAACACGUGCGCUCCAACACAGGCGACAAGAAAACGAAGCCCCUGGCCCUGGAACUGCGGUCUGACGCAAUUCUGCAUGGUGUGGAGAACUUCCUCGCCUCGCCCAAGCUGAAGAAGUUUACCCACGAGCUGGCCAGGAAAGCCGCCGUCAUCUACAGGGCUAUUGAAAAGGUGUUCUAAAGGGUCUAUAUUCGGUCGCAUAGUAAUUGAUUGUCCUAAUGUAAUGUUACGCAUUUACCAGUAACCUUUAUCAGGCUGACAUUUCAAAAAUGGCAAUCGAAUGUCAGUCUUACUCAUCGAAAAUAGAACACUGCAUGUUUGAAGUGCCGUAAAGGAUUAAGGGGGUUUUCGAAAAAAAUGGUACCUUUUACUUUUUUUCGAAAAACCAUCAACUUUUGGGUUAUUUAGACUCAGAAUUAGGUCCUCCUAUAGGUAUAGGUAGGUUAUCUAGAAGAGAUCCCAAUUAGGGUUAAGUUCGCCUUUGUACUAUACAUUUAUGUUUUAUUUGAUGUAGCCAAUAUUCCCAUCUUUUAGUACAAUAAAGUGUUUACUUACAACCUAAUGCCAAAAUAUUUUCGAAAAUACUUUCUGUUUCAGCUGGAAAAUUAUGCGAAGGGUUUUAUGCGUAACAUUACAUUAGGACAAUCAAUUAUUAUGCGACGAGAUAGGCACCGAGCUCUAAAACUGACUCACACGUGAGAUUUUAGUAGAAAAGAUAACUUGGUUUAUGUGAUUUGAUUUACUCAAAAAGGUAAAUAAAGGUGUCAUC